AUGCCGCUUGAGGAUGUCGGAAGACUCAUUGGGCAUGCUGACUCAUCUGCUUCAUCAUCAGCUUCUUCCCUCGAAUGCUCUUGGGAGACCGACACCUCAUUCAAUGCCUCAAGCAACGAUGGCUUAGUUGCCAGUUCAACCAUCCGUGCUGGCGUUCGUCAUCCAGACGGUCAGGUACCUCGAGGCUGGAAUGCUAACUGGUUAGGUAAUGAAAGUGUUACCGACCUGCAUGAUUGUGGAGGCUCCCGCCAAAUGGCUGACAUUCCAAGAUCUACAAGGGGACGGAGCAGAAUACAAACGGAAACAGAACAGGUCGGACAAGACCCUUACUACGAGGAGACGAUGUUCCCCCUGGACGAUAUUCCUCCUGGUCCACUUUGA